GCAUGUGAAACUUCGGAGGAGCGAAAAGUCACGACUAGAAACAGCGAUGCAGUUCAAAUACAGAAGGCAUCGGUCUGUUUGAGUGAAGGGUUGAGUCUGCUGGAGUUUCUGUCUUGGUUAAGUUUCUUAGUGUGUCAGUCCGCUGCCCAAGAUGUCCAUGGAGGAGCAGAGCUAUCCCAGUGCGAUGGUGGCAUCGGAAUCUGGACCCCAGUGGCUGCGGGAAGAGAUGGAGCGUCUCGCCCGGGAGCUGAGUGAGACGAGCCGUGAGAAGAUUCAGGCUGCGGAAUACGGGCUGGCGGUUCUGGAGGAGAAACAGCGGCUGAAACAACAGUAUGACGAGUUGGAAUUGGAAUAUGAGACUGUGCGCCAGGAGCUCGAUCAGCUGAAAGAGGCCUUUGGACAUGCUCACUCCAACCAGCGGAAGGUGGCAGCAGACGGGGAGAUCUGGGAGGAGUCUCUGAUCCAGGAGUCGGCCUCCAAGGAGGCGUUCUAUGAGCAGAGGGUCCAGGAGCUACAGACCGAGAUCAGACAGAUCCGGAAUGUCCUGGCCAACACCCAGUCUGAGAAUGAGCGCCUGGCAACCAUUGCUCAGGAGAUGAGGGAGAACAGUGAAGUGGUGGAGAUUCAGCGCAGUCGGCUGUGUGAGGACAUUAAGGAAUAUAAGUUCCGUGAAGCGCGUCUUUUACAGGACUACACUGAGCUGGAGGAGGAGAACAUCUCACUGCAGAAACUGGUGUCCCAUCUAAAACAGAACCAGGUGGAGUUUGAGGGCCUGAAGCAUGAAGUCAGGAGGCUGGAGGAGGAGCUGCAGUUCCAGAACAGCCAGCUGGAGGGCGCCAUGCGUCUGAAGGAGAUUGCGGAGCGGCAGCUCGGGGAGGCGCUGGAGACUGUGAAGACGGAGCGCGAGCAAAAGAACAGCCUGCGGAAGGAGCUGUCCCAGUACCUGACCAUCGGGGACUCCUUCCACCACACACCCCUCAGCCUUGACCUUGACAGCCUCAAGCUGAGUGAUGACGCGGCCGAGCCCAACAACGAUGACGUCCUUAGCGCCUAUGAGAGCAGCCUGAGCAAGCUGGCCGAUGACAAUGGUCACAGCAAGCUACCCAGGUCCAAGGGGGGUGAGCUCUCCCACCCCCCUGCCCCCAGUCUGGUGGAUGACCUGCUUAGCGAGUUGAACCUCUCAGAGAUCCAGAAGCUCAAACAGCAGCUCCUGCAGAUGGAGAGGGAGAAGGUGAGCCUGGUGUCUGCCCUGCAGGACACCCAGAAGCAGCUGGAGCAGGCCAGCGGGGCUCUCUCUGAGCAGCAGGAGAGGCUGAGCCGCCUUACAGACGACCUCAGCGCCAUGAAGAAGCUGCAGGCCGGCAAGGAGCGACGCACGGCCCUGGACAGCGAGAAGGAGCACGACAGCCACGAGGACGGGGACUACUACGAGGUGGACAUCAACGGCCCUGAGAUCCUGGAGUGCAAGUACCAGGUGGCCGUGGCGGAGAUCGGGGAGUUGAAGGAGGAGCUGAAGGGCCUGCGGGUGGCGUACCAGGAGUGCCAGGCCACACAGACGGAGGAGACAGGCCGCCUGGAGGCCGAGGUGGCGGCGCUGACCGAGAGGCUGUCGUCUCUGGAGACCAGCAGCCGCACAGACCGCGAACGGGCGGAGCGUCUGGAGAAGGAGCUGCAGACGGUCAGUGCCGCAGCCGGAGAGUCCCAGGGCAGCCUGAGCGUGGCGCAGGACGAGCUGGUCACCUUCAGCGAGGAGCUGGCCACGCUCUACAACCACGUCUGCAUGUGCAACAACGAGACGCCCAGCCGCGUCAUGCUCGACUUCUACAAAGAGGGAACCAAGGGGCUGUUCUCUGAGGGCGUUCGGCCGGAGAAUGCCGACAACGCCCCGGCCUCCCCCAACCCUCUCCCCUCCCCAACCUCAGACCCGCGCAGAGAGCCCCUGAACAUCUACAGCCAGGUCGCCAUCAUCAGGGACCAGAUCAAGCACCUGCAGAUGGCAGUGGACCGCACCACGGAGUUGUCCCGCCAGCGGGGGGCAACGCUGGAGCUGGGCCCUGUGGUGGAUAAGGACAAGGAGGCCUGCAUGGAGGAGAUUCUGAAGCUCAAGUCACUCCUGAGUACCAAAAGGGAGCAGAUUGCCACCCUGAGGACCGUGCUGAAGGCCAACAAGCAGACAGCGGAGGUGGCACUGUCCAGUCUGAAGAGUAAGUAUGAGGCGGAGAAGGCCACGGUGACUGAGACCAUGAUGAAGCUGCGCAAUGAGCUGAAGGCUCUGAAAGAGGAUGCUGCCACCUUCUCCUCCCUCAGAGCCAUGUUUGCCACACGGUGUGAUGAAUAUGUGACUCAGCUGGAUGAGAUGCAGAGGCAGCUGGCGGCGGCAGAGGACGAGAAGAAGACUCUGAACUCGCUGCUGCGCAUGGCCAUUCAGCAGAAGCUGGCGCUGACGCAGCGGCUCGAGGACCUGGAGUUCCGGCAGGAGCAGUCGCACCGGCGGGCCAAGGCAUCCUCUGCCCGGGGCAAGAGCGCCCCCUCUAGCCCCCAUUAAAGUAGUAGCCUGGACAUGGAGUACCCUUCAGAAACCGCGGUCACAGAGAUUGGGGUCACAUUGCCGACGUCCAAUUCAGCACUCUAUUCUAUGGCUGAUAGCUAGGACUUGAGGAGUCCAGUCAAAUAUUUUUAACACUAAAUGAUGUUUCACCUUUCACCUGUUCAGUGUCACCUGAAGGGGGCGAUGCUCAUGAGUACCCCAGAGAACAUCCUUGUGUACUCAUGUCCUGGGGACAGGCUCUGUGGGUGUCUUCCAGUUUUUCCUGUUCCUGUGCCCUUUUAAUACGCUCACACUUCAGCAUUUUUAUUUUAACCAUCUAGGAAUGCUUUGUAUGAUAUUCCACUUUGACAUGAUUAUGCUUGAUAUUUAGGAAAGCUAUGUGGUCCUUCUGUGAGUAAAAUGGAUUAAAAUGCCUUGUUUUGCUUCUUUUCAGCGUUCUGUGUAAUAAAGGUUUCUCAGACUCAAAGCGUUCCACAAUCCAGGGCUUUGCCAGCAGUGCAUCCAUGAAUUAAGGCACAAAUGGAAUAAUGCAUAUUCCUUGGUUUUGUGAGAGUUUAUUGUAACAUUAGUUAAGAGUGUUACAAGUGUUAAGGCUAUACUGUGAUGUUGCCAGCCCAGGUGCAGGCUGUGUGGAUGAUUUGAUACAUUUAUUCUUAGGAAUAGACCAGAGCAACAGGAGAAGCUUUGUAUAUGUAUGGCUAAAGCAGAAAGAGGAUAAAUGGAAUUAGUGAUGUCACAGUCCGCAGUUCAGUGGAGAUCAGAUUCACACUGAGUCUUCUGUACCUCCUGAUUCCAAAUUGGAAUGAGCCCGUUCUGUCAUAGUUUAUUGUGCCAGGUCUUUGGUACAUUACAGUGUUUUUUAAUGAGA